AUGUAUGUUUUCAAACACUAUGACAACGAUCGCGAUGGAUACAUCAGUCAGGCAGAGUUCCGACAAAUUUCAGGAAAUUUUCCAUUUAUCGACCCCUUCGGUGCAAUUGAUUUGGACAGGUGCCUGUCCUUACUUUUUAGAGACGGUCAAAUAUCACGCGAAGAGCUGAGGACCUAUUUUGUGAAAGCAAAUAAUGAUUCAGUAGAUUUUCGACUUGGAUUCAAGCAUAACUUUCAUGAAACGACUUUUCUGACGCCAACAACAUGUGGUCAUUGCGGUCGUUUGUUAUGGGGACUGAUUCGUCAAGGAUGGAAAUGUAAGGAUUGUGGCUUGGCUGUACAUUGCGAUUGCAAAGCCAACGCUGUCGCUGAAUGCCGACGAAGGUCUUCUUCAAUAGUAGAAUGGAUCUCGCCAAGGAGUGAUGGCUCGAGGAACAGGCCAUUCUCGAUGUCGAAGUUUGUAACUUCAAACUUGUUUAGAUUUGGUUUUUUUCUGGAUCAAAGAAUUACUGAGAAAUUGCAUAUUAUCAUGGACAGGAUGAUAUCCUUUUGCAGCAUUGAAGGUGUACGGAAAUGAUG